AUGGUUGAAAACUUUAUUGGUAAAAAGGCUUUGGAUACAAGGAAUCAAACGCCAUUGUUUAGUGUUGAAGUCUCUUAUGUUCCUGCAUUAUCAAUAGGAUUUCAUGGUCCAAGGCAGUGA